AUGUCCUCCGGCGACAGGUCGCUGAGGAUCGCUUGCAGGCUCGUCUGUGCCGACCAAUGGCUCGUCACCCACGUCGACCCCGACUGGUCCAUCCUCGACCUCAAGCACUUCCUCCUCCAGAAGUUCUCCGGCUCACCCAACGAUGACCGCGCCUCUCGCGUCCCCCCACCUUCUCGCACCGCCCGCCGUCGCUCCCUCUCCCCCAUCACUUUCGCCAACCCCGCCCCGCAGCGCAAGGCCGUGACCUCCUCGAGCUCUGACGAGUCGGACGAGCACUCGGACCUCUCGGACGGCCUCGAGGAUGCCGGCGACGACGUCGACAUCUCCAAGUCGCUCGCCGAUGCGCACCGCUACAAGUACACCGCCCAGCGGCCAUCCACGUCGUCCACAUCAGAUGUCGCGAGCCAACCACCGCAAGACCCGAGGCUCGACGCCCACGCGUACCUCCUCCUCUCCUUCUCGACUACCCAGCUGCUCGAGGACCGCUUCUCGCUCGCGUGGUAUGGUGUCUCGCCGAACGAGCUCCUCGAACUCCACCCGCAGUCGGUCUCCUUCGCAUCGCUCUCGCGCGGUUCCCUCGACGCAUACAUCGUCCCGUACUUCGCCGUGCGCGUCUGGGCCCUCCGGAUCGUGGGCCACAAGAUCGAUGCGACGCGGACGAUGCUCACAAAGUCGAGACGAGACGACAAUGGGACUGGGGAAAGCACGAGCUCCCGGGAGAAGGGCAAGAGGAAGGUUGCGCUCGAAUGGAAGGAGCGGUGGGCGGUCAUCCACCAGGGCCUCUUCUCCUUAUGCAAGGAUCGCCAUGAUCGCAGUCCAGCUUUCUGCGCGCCGUUGUCCUCCCUUGAGUCCAUCCGCGACAACACGACUUUCAGCAUCCCGCACCAUGCCCGGAGGCAUCGCCACAAGAUGUCAAAGUCUGCGUCGACCAAUGUCCUGUCGCUCAAAUUCAAAGCGGCUUCGCGAGGACGCCACCGACUGUUCUCCGACGAUGUUUCGGGCUUUAUUUCGGAAAGAAGGUCGUCCGAACCUCAAGUGACCCCUUUAACCCCCACUCAUUCACCGACGCUGUCUGCUGGGCAAGGUGGAUGGUGGCGAAGAGGUUCAAGAGACGUUACGGCCGCGCUCAGCCUCGGUUUGACGUCGUCGGCCAGCGUUCUCGUCGGAGCAGGAAACGGCACCAGUUUCGCCGAUGCAUGGGACUCGAUCGCGCGACGAGGGGGUCGAGCAGGAACCGACGAGCAGGAGGGGUCUGGGCAUAGAAAGGAGGGCAGCAAAGAGAAGUUGAAGGACAAGGAUGACGAUGCGGACACGGUAUGGGUCAUCCUUGAUAUGUUGGACGAAUCAGCAACUUCGAACAUCCUACGCGUUCUCCAUCGCCACGCGUCUCCAACGUGCCACUCUACUUUCCUCCCUAGUGAUGCCACUAAUACGGCGUCUUACUCGCCGGCACCAUUACCUAUCAUAUUCAGCUCUCGCUCCUCGACCCCCAUCGUUGGGUCCACCGAACCUCCCCCCGACUACACUUUCCCGCCCUCUUCUCCAUCGACCUCGUCUCAUACCUUGGCGUCAUCGGUCUCGUACCCUUGGCCGGCUGAUGACAAGUUCGAGGAUGCGCAUGCGGACCCUCCUCCUCCUACCGUAUCUACAUCGUUCCCAUCUGUGUCUGCCCCAGUGGACUACCCUGGAUGGCGCCUCUCUGUUGUUCGUGCUGCGCGCCGCGCAGGGCUAGGCUCGGUCGGGCGCGCCAUGCAACUGGUCAUGUUCGGUGACGAAGACGAUGAUGCAGACGCCGAAGACAACGACACGAACGACGAACUCGCCAUCGAAUGGGCACGACGCAACAGCAGCGCCGACCCUUCCCCCAUCGAUCGCCCACCGCACAGCAUGUCGACAUUCUCUUCGCUCACUCCGCGACCUUCCAUUGGAUACAGCCCCGUCGACAGUCCGACGCCCCGCCCCAAUGACCCCAGCACCAUACGACCCUUCUUCCCCCGUCGGGCUUCGCACCCACUCGUCGACCUCUCCUCCGACCCGGGUACGGACCCGGAGUCUGAUGGCAGCGAAGUGGAAUGGGAUGGGUGGAUGGAACAAGUCAUAGCGCAGCGCCACGAAGACGAGCUCGACGCCCGUGACCGCGCGCGGCUCGAAGCGUUCGCGUGCACCGACGCCGUCCCCGCGUCCCCUGGUUCCGCUCCGGUCUGGACUUCAGGCUGGACCACCCACUUCGGCGGUGGUGACGAUAAGCAGUACUCCCACUCGACCUCAAGCGUGCCUGACCGCGACCCUGUCCCUAUCUCUCUAUGGUCGUCGCGCAAGGACAGCGACCCCGACCUGGACACGGAGGACUCGUCGACGCACAGCUCCGACUUCAACGCACGCGGGGACCACUCCCGGCGCACCGUUUCCGGCGGGCUUUCCAUGCACUCGGAGCACUCGAGCGGGAGCAGCACGCGCGGGCGGCAUGCGAGAACACAGGCCUCUGGGUCCGGGCACGCGCGCACGCUCUCAAGCUACUCCUCCGUCGACUCCCUCCUCCGGCGCACGAUGCGCACGAACAUGCAGGGCCUCGGCAACACCGCCCGCCAGGCGUCCAUCCACGCCCUCUUCCCUUCCGCGUCCGAGGCCAGCUUGCCCCCGCUCCCCGGUUCCCCUCCCGUUCCCAUACCCAUGUCAGCGGUCGCGAGUAAGGGUCGCGCGUCGAGGUCGCCCGAGCGCUCGUCUCCGUCGCCCCCGCCGUACCUCACGCGCCCCUCAAUGGGGAGCAUGCACAGCUGCGGCUCCGCCCGCUCGCGUCCUCUCUCGCCACUCUCGACGCAGCUGCGCGACACUGGCAUGCACGAGGACGAGGACGAAGACGAGGACAGAGGCGAAGACGGGAGUGAGGACUACGGCGACGUCGACGACGUCGAGGAAGGCGAGGACGCGGACGGGAGCGGGGAGCUCGUCGAGAGCGAGCUCGGGCACGUUCCGCUCGACCACGGCGUGCGCGCUCACCCGAUCCCGCUCCCCGGCAUGCGCAUCGUGCCCAUGGGCUACACGACGUUCCAGCAUGCGUCGCUCUAUGGCGCCGAUGCCGGCGGCGAGGGCAGGAGCGGGGGCAGGGCGCAGGUGCACGCAGGGAUCGCGCACGGGCAGACGAUGCAGCGGCUUCCGAUGGGCAUGUCGCGCCCGGUGACGACGGUGACGAGCACGGUGAGCGUCGGGGCCGGGGCGCGGAAGGGCAAGAGGGGGUGA